AAAUCACGACUAACUGUCAAAGUUCUGCUUGAUGGCAAAUGAUUUUGAUUUAUACGAUGAAUACAGAAAUAAACACUCGCUGGGCAUGGAACUUCUUGAAUCGAUCCAAGGGCUGAAGAACGAAAUUAAAGGAUUAGACAAACUCGAGUCUAAAGUAAAGCAAGAGUUGAAUUUUUUGGUUAAGACCAAAUUCUCUGAACAGUUGAAAAAGGAGCAUCUUGUUUGUUCAAAUCUCCAUCACUUAAAAGCCCUCAUAUCGAAGCUGAUCAGCGAGGAAAAAUGCGACUCUGUACUAGAAGUGUACCACUACAAAGAUGAGUAUGAUGAGAAUAAUAAAAUUUGGGUAGACAUAGUGUCACACUCAAAAACCAAAUGGACAAAAGUGAUUGCGAGGAAUCCAAAGGCUCUUUCGCAAAUUUCAAAAGGAGACGGCGAAUAUCAAAGAAAAUCCGUUAUUGAUCACGCCGUCGAAUUUUUAAACUGCGCUUCUCAAAAUUCCAUCCUUUAUAGGCCACCAUUGGUAGAAUUUCAUUUUGCAUGUGGUAUUGAAAGUGAGCUGGCAGAUGAAUUAUCCAAGCUGGGUGUGUACAUUAGUGGUAAAGUAAUCAACGGGGAUCAAGUAGAAUCUUCUUUCGAGCUAAAUGUGCCGAAGAAGGAUUUAGAAAGAAAUAUACAAAAACUGAACUUGGAUGUCACAGCGAUGAUUGCCUACGUAUCUGCUUUAACAAAUGGCAAUGUGCAUAAAAGGGUAAAGGGUAAAGUUCUAAGCAUGCAAGCUGAGAGUGAAAAAUUAAAUCCUGUAAAACCCGUCCUAGAUAAACUAUUCACUGGAAAACAAUUGUUCGCUUGUAAGACUGUGAUAACGACAUUCAAUUCGAUUUUGAGCACAAUAGGCGGAGAAGGGGAGAAAAAACGAGCCCUGGAACUCAUUAAAAGGGUUACAAUCAUUGAUGAUGUGCCCUGCGAGUCUCUUAAGCCUUGUGGUCAAUUAAAAGAGAGAUCAAUUAUAAUUUUCGGAUCUGGUCAAGCGAUUAAAGCAGUCACAGUGACAGCGAAUUCGGCAUUCGUCCGAGCUGCUAGGAAUCAGUGCAUUCACUUCGAUGUAUUUUUUCACAAUCCAAGAGCACUGACUGAGAAGAAAGAGGUGGACUAAAAUUUGUUUUUCUAUUGCCAUGAUCUUUGAGUUUCUGUUGCAAAAAAAAAAAUAAAUAAAUAAAAAUGAAAUAAAAUGUUUAA